CUCUCAUUUAGCUCAACAGGCUCCGCCCAGAAAAAGUUUCCCCGCCGGGGGCGGGGCUCGCGGGUGGGCGGGUCUGCGCACGCGCCCCGUGGGGAGUUCCGGAGGCAAAGCGCUGAGGAAUAAGAUGGAGAAAUACGAGCGGAUCCGAGUGGUAGGGAGAGGCGCCUUCGGGAUUGUGCACCUGUGCCUGCGAAAGGCUGACCAGAAACUGGUGAUCAUCAAGCAGAUUCCAGUAGAGCAGAUGACCAAAGAAGAGCGGCAAGCAGCCCAGAACGAGUGCCAAGUGCUCAAGUUGCUCAACCACCCCAAUGUUAUUGAAUACUAUGAGAACUUCCUGGAGGACAAAGCCCUCAUGAUCGCCAUGGAAUAUGCACCAGGUGGCACCCUGGCUGAGUUCAUCCAGAAGCGCUGCAACUCUCUGCUGGAGGAGGAGACCAUCCUUCACUUCUUUGUGCAGAUCCUGCUUGCCCUGCAUCAUGUGCACACCCACCUUAUCCUGCACCGGGACCUCAAGACCCAGAACAUCCUUCUUGACAAACACCGCAUGGUUGUCAAAAUUGGCGAUUUUGGCAUCUCCAAGAUCCUUAGCAGCAAGAGCAAAGCCUACACGGUGGUGGGUACUCCAUGCUACAUCUCCCCUGAACUGUGUGAGGGUAAGCCCUACAACCAGAAGAGUGACAUCUGGGCCCUGGGCUGUGUCCUGUAUGAACUGGCCAGUCUCAAGAGGGCCUUCGAAGCUGCAAACCUGCCGGCACUGGUGCUCAAGAUCAUGAGUGGCACCUUCGCCCCCAUCUCUGACCGGUACAGCCCAGAGUUGCGCCAGCUUGUCCUGAGUCUGCUCAGCCUGGAGCCAUCACAGCGCCCACCGCUCAGCCACAUCAUGGCUCAGCCCCUCUGCAUCCAAGCCCUCCUGAAUCUUCACACCGAUGUGGGCAGUGUUCUCAUGCGGAGGGCAGAGAAAUCCCUGGUCCCAGGACCACCCAUGGCCCCCAGCAGUACAGGGAACAGGACUACCAGUGCCCGCUGCAGAGGCAUGCCCCGGGGACCACUACGGCCUGCCAUCCCACCACCUCUGUCUUCAGUAUAUGCGUGGGGUGGUGGGCUCAGCACGCCCCUGCGGCUGCCCAUGCUCAACACUGAGGUGGUCCAGGUGGCCGCGGGGCGCACGCAGAAGGCCGGGGUCACACGCUCAGGACGCCUCAUCCUGUGGGAGGCCCCGCCCCUCGGCGCUGGGGAAGGAGUCCUCCUGCCUGGGGCAGUAGAGCACCCUCAGCCCCAGUUCGUCUCACGUUUCUUGGAGGGCCAGUCAGGCGUGACCAUCAAGCAAGUGGCCUGCGGGGAUCUCUUCACAGCUUGCCUGACCGACCGAGGCAUCAUCAUGACCUUUGGCAGUGGCAGCAAUGGGUGUUUAGGCCAUGGAAGCCUUACUGACAUCAGCCAGCCCACCAUUGUGGAGGCCCUGCUGGGCUAUGAGAUGGUACAAGUGGCUUGUGGGGCUUCCCAUGUACUGGCCCUGUCCACUGAUCGAGAAUUAUUUGCCUGGGGCCGUGGAGAUGGUGGUAGGCUGGGACUAGGUACCACCGAGUCCCAUAGCUGCCCCCAGCAGGUAACUUUACCCCCAGGACAGGAAGCCCAGCGAGUUGUAUGUGGCAUUGAUUCUUCCAUGAUCCUUACGGUGUCUGGUCGAGCCCUGGCAUGUGGGAGCAACAGGUUUAACAAGCUGGGCCUGGACCACCUUUCUCAGGGGGAGGAGCCUGUCUCCCAUCAGCAAGUGGAGGAGGCCCUGAGCUUCACAUCACUAGGCUCAGCACCCCUGGACCAAGAGCCCCUCCUGAGUAUAGACCUAGGCACUGCUCAUUCAGCUGCUGUGACUGUCUCAGGCAGCUGCUACACUUUUGGCAGCAAUCAGCAUGGGCAGUUGGGUAUCAACACUGCCCGCCGGGGCAGCCGGGCACCCUGUCAGGUCCAAGGCCUGCAGGGCAUCAAGAUGGCGAUAGUGGCCUGUGGGGAUGCCUUCACUGUAGCCAUUGGGGCAGAGGGAGAAGUGUAUUCCUGGGGCAAAGGAGCCCGAGGUCGGCUUGGAAGGAGGGAUGAGGAUGCUGGACUCCCUCGGCCAGUGCUGUUGGAAGAGACACACCCUUACACAGUGACUUCUGUGUCCUGUUGCCAUGGGAACACUCUCCUGGCGUUGCGCCCCUUCACAGAUGAGCCAGUCCCCCCUUGAGGCACCAGGAUACACCUCUGGACCACCUUGACAUGGCUUCUACCUCUCAGUGUUCUGGAAAGUGCUGGUGCCUGAGUACUGAUGGUCUCCACCAGCCAGUUCCCUGGACGCAUCAGUGGAAUGGAAGGACCCUGUUUUGGUUUCAGCCUACCAUAAACGCCCACUGUUUCCCUAGUAGUCUUCUUUACUCACCCCAAUAUUCUUAUCCCCAAUACUUCACUCCUUUCCUUAUUUGUGGUUCUCAAGGCUCCAACCUGGCGGGAGUGGGCAGCCAAACCUAGUUUUUAAAGCAAGGAUAGCCUCCAGAGCCUUGCUAAGAAAGCACCUUCAUUCUUGGCUCAUUUAGAAAAUUAGGCCUGUAGUGGGGUGCUGCUCACUCACGCCUGUAAUAUUAGCUACUCCGGAGGCUGACAUCUGAGGAUCACCAUGCUAAGGCAGCCUGAGCAGGAAAGUCCACAAGGCUCAAUUAACCACCCAAAACACCAAAAAGUAGAGCUCUGGCUCAAGUGGUAGAGUGCUAGCUUUGAGCACAAAAGCUCAAGGACAGUGCCCAAGCCCUGAGUUCAAGCCAAAGGACAGCAGAGGAGGCGGGGAGGAAAACAGUCCCUGGACACUGGGAGACCAGCUCAAGACCAGAGCAGGACAAGCUGAGGCCUGUGUGGACUGACCAUCAGGCCUGCUAAAGGAAUACGUGACCUGAGGCAGGGCCUUCCAAGGGAGCCACUCCCCUCCUUUUAUCCAGAAGUAGGAUCUGCACCACCUUGGAAAGUCUUGGCUGGAAGCAGGGGUGGAAAAGCCAGGAAGUGGCUGUAGGGAGGAUCCACCUGAAUGUAGCAAGCCUUUCCCCAGAGUCCAGGAAAAAGAUAGCUGGCCAGGCCAUGCUAGUUUCCCAAAAGACUGCCAGUAACACCAAUAAAAAUAUCACUGCC